UAGUUGACAGAAGUAUCACAUGAAAUUCUCUUAUUUUCCUUAAUAGUGUCAAGAGAGCCUGUUCCUAUCUGUUACUGAAGCCAUAAGGAAAUUUUUUUAAUUUAAAACUUUGCCAUAAUGAGAUUUUGCCACAUCUGCAAACUUCCUGGAAGGGUGAUGGGGAUCCGAGUGCUUCGUUUCUCUUUGGUGAUUGUCCUUGUGUUGCUUCUGGUAGCUGGAGCUUUGACCACUUUGCUUCCGAACAUCAAAGAGGACAAGAUGAUCACUUUGCGGCGGGAAAUAAAAUCCCAGAGCAAGUCUGCCAUGGACUCCUUCACUCUCAUUAUGCAGACUUACAAUAGAACUGAUCUCUUGUUGAGACUUUUAAAUCAUUAUCAGGCUGUACCACAUCUGCACAAAGUGAUUGUCGUGUGGAACAAUAUUGGGGAGAAGAGUCCAGAUGAAUUAUGGAAUUCUCUUGGGCCUCACCCCGUUCCUGUAAUCUUCAAACUGCAGACAGUUAACAGGAUGAGAAAUAGACUCCAGGCCUUUCCAGAACUGGAAACAAAGGCGGUAUUAAUGGUAGAUGAUGACACAUUAAUUAGUGCCCAAGACCUUGUUUUCGCUUUCUCCGUGUGGCAGCAAUUUCCUGAUCAGAUUGUAGGAUUUGUGCCUAGAAAGCACGUCUCUACUUCAUCAGGUAUCUACAGUUAUGGAGGUUUUGAACUGCAAACACCUGGAUUUGGAAAUGGUGACCAGUAUUCUAUGGUGCUGAUUGGAGCCUCCUUCUUCAGUAGCAGAUACCUUGAACUCUUUGAGAGACAGCCUGCAGCUGUCCAUGCUUUAAUAGAUGAGACACAAAACUGUGAUGAUAUCACCAUGAAUUUUAUUGUUGCCAAGCACACUGGAAAAACUUCUGGGGUAUUUGUGAAGCCUGUAAACAUGGGCAAUUUAGAAAAAGAAACCAAUGGUGGCUAUUCUGGGAUGUGGCAUCGAGCUGAGCAUUUUCUGCAGAGAUCUUACUGUAUAAAUAAGCUUGUUAAUAUCUACUCUAGCAUGCCCUUAAAAUACUCCAACAUUAUGAUUUCUCAGUUUGGUUUUCCAUAUGCCAACCACAAAAGUAAAAUGUGAAAGUGAAAAAAAAAAA